UCCACGCUGGCUGCAAACAACUAUUAUUGCAAUGGGCCACUGGUCUCUGUUCUACCUCCAGCAUCUUUUGAGAGCUCAUCUGUAUUAUCCAACAGUCAGUCUCCAUACUUUGCGAAGCUCAACAGAAGAGAUGGAGGGGGAGGCUGGGCCCCAGAUCGGACCGACAGGCAGCGAUGGUUACAGAUUGACCUUCGGGAGAGGAUGGAGGUCACAGCCGUGGCCACACAGGGUCGCUUCGGCAGCUCUGAUUGGGUCACUAGCUACAUGUUGUUAUACAGUGACACAGGUAGAGCAUGGAAACAGUACAGACAGGAAGACUACACAGGGACCUUCCCAGGGAACAGCGAUGCAGACGGUGUCGUUCACCACAAGUUGACCCAUUCCAUUAGGACUCGGUUUAUAAGGUUUGUUCCACUGGACUGGAGCCCAGGGGGCUGGAUUGGCUUGAGACUGGAGGUCUACGGGUGCUCGUACAAGUCAGAUGUGGCGGACUUUGAUGGAAGAAGCUCUCUGCUGUACCGCUUCAACCAGAAGUCUAUGAGGACAGUGAAGGACGUGAUCUCUCUGAAGUUUAAAAGCCAUCGUGCAGAUGGAGUUCUGGUUCACGGUGAGGGCCAGAGAGGGGAUUACAUCACGCUGGAACUUCACCGGGGUAGUUUGGCUCUACACUUGAACCUGGACGAUGCAAAGCGCCACCCCAGGAGUGGCCACGUCUCUGUGUUUUUGGGGAGUCUGCUGGAUGACCAUCACUGGCACUCCGUACUCAUCGAGCGCUUUAACAAGCAGAUUAACUUCACAGUGGACAGGGAGACGCACCACAUUCACACCAGAGGAGCUGAGGAUUCUCUGGAGGUAGAUUACGAGCUUAGCUUUGGAGGCAUCCCGCUGCCCGGAAAACCAGGAACUUUCCUGCGAAAGAAUUUCCACGGUUGCAUCGAGAACCUCUAUUACAACGGUGUCAAUAUCAUUGACCUAGCAAAACGACGCAAGCCUCAAAUCUACAGUGUGGGUAAUGUGACCUUUGCAUGCUCCGAGCCUCAGCAGGUGUCUGUAACUUUCCUGAGCUCAAGCAGUAGUUUCCUUUUGCUCCCGCUGGAUGGGACGAUGGAGGAACUGUCAGUGGGGCUCCAGUUUCGGACCUGGAACAGAGAGGGCCUGCUGUUCUCUGCCCCGCUGUCUGGCAAUUCUGAGAGACUGGUCCUGCUUCUCACAAACGGUCAACUACGCCUCACGCAUCACAGAGCCGCACAGCAGAGAUCCGACAUCUCCAUCGGUCAGAGUCUGAACAAUGGGCAGUGGCACUCUGUCUCUGUCAGCGUAAGAGAGCUGCAGGCUUCCCUCUCCCUGGACAACGAGCCUGCUUCCACCAUGGAGCUCAGGGAUCACAUCCAGACAGGAAACACUGUUUUAUUAGGAGGUUGUCCAUCAACUCCAAGUAGUCACGGCUGUAGGAACCCCACGCAGGCGUAUCAGGGAUGCAUGCGUUCCAUCAUCAUUAACAAUCAACCAAUCAACCUCUUCCAUGUGCAACGAGGGCUGUUGGGUAAUUACAGCAAGCUCCAAAUUGACAUAUGCGGCAUCCGUGACAGAUGUCUCCCUAAUUAUUGUGAGCAUGGCGGUCAGUGCUCCCAGUCCUGGAACACCUUUUACUGUGACUGCUCAGGGACCGGAUACACUGGAGCCACCUGCCAUAACUCUAUCUUUGAGCCUUCGUGUGAAGCUCACAGACUAACUGGAAGUGCUUCAGGUUACUUCUCCAUUGAUCCCGACGGAAGUGGCCCACUCAAGUCCACAGUGGUCUACUGUAACAUGACAGAGGAGAAAGUUUGGACGGUGGUGGCACACAACAGCACAGUUCCUGUAAGAGUUCAUGGCACCUCCCUACAGGAGCCCCAUAUCAUGCCGUUCAACUACAGUGCCUCCCUGGAACAGCUCCGCAUCCUAGUCAGCAGGUCGGAGCAGUGCCAACAGGAAGUGGUUUACCGAUGCAGGAAGUCCCGCCUCUUCAAUACAUGGGAUGGGACGCCGCUGGCCUGGUGGCUGGACAGGAGCGGGGAGAGACGAACCUACUGGGGAGGCUUCCUGCCGGGGGUCCAGCAGUGCUCCUGCAGUCUGGACGAAAACUGCAUAGACAUGAAUUACUUCUGCAACUGUGAUGCUGACAGGGAGUCAUGGGAAAAUGAUACGGGAUUGCUUUCCUACAAAGACCACCUGCCAGUAACUGAAAUCCUGGUUGGAGAUACAAACAGAACAGGCUCUGAGGCUGUUUACAAAGUUGGCUCUCUUCAUUGCUAUGGAGACAGGUUUCUCUGGAAUGCAGCAUCCUUCUACCAGGAAUCCUCCUACCUCCAUUUUCCGACCCUUCAGGCUGAGCUCAGCUCAGACAUUUCCUUUUACUUCAAAACAACAGCUCCUUCCGGAGUUUUCCUGGAAAACCUGGGCGUUAAGGACUUCAUCAGGGUGGAGUUGAGUGGCCCCUCCACAGUAGUGUUCACAUUUGACGUUGGGAAUGGGCCAGUGGUGCUGACAGUGAAGUCGCACGUGCCGUUAAACGAUAAGCAGUGGCAUUACGUUCGAGCGGAACGCAACGUGAAGGAGGCGUCACUCCAGGUGGACCAGCUGCCUCUGCGGUUCCUGGAGGCACCCUCGGAGGGCCACAUCCGUCUCCAGCUCAGCGGGCAGCUGUUUAUCGGGGGAACCGCCUCCAGGCAGAGGGGCUUUCUGGGUUGUAUACGGGCGUUAAAUAUUAACGGGUUGACCCUGGACUUGGAAGAGAGAGCAAAAAUGACGCCAGGUGUCAGUUCAGGAUGUCCGGGUCACUGCAGCAGCCAUAACAGCCUCUGCCACAACAGGGGCAAGUGCAUUGAGAAGAGCAGUGGAUAUGUCUGUGAUUGUACACACUCCGCCUAUGGUGGACCUAACUGCAAAGAAGAAGUUUCCGUCUCCUUUGAAAGCGGGUCCUCAGUGACUUACACCUUCCAAGAGCCGUUCUCGGUGAUGCGCAACACAAGCCGGCAGACCUCCGCUAUCUACGCCCAGAGUAGCAAGUCCAGGGAAAAUAUCGCCUUCAGUUUCUUCACCACCCAUGCACCUGCAAUGCUGCUGACUGUAAGCACCUACCAUCAGCAGUACAUGGCGGUCAUCUUGGCUCAGAACGGGAGUCUGCAGAUUUGGUACAGACUCAACAGGGAGAAGAAACCUGAUGUGUUCACACCUAGGCCCCACAAUCUGGCCAAUGGACAACUCCACAAGGUCCAGAUCCACAGGGAAGGCAGAGACAUGUAUGUACAGAUUGACAAAGAUGUUAACCAAAAAUACAGCUUGUCGACAGACAGAGAACUCAACAUGAUACGAUCGCUGACGCUGGGCAAAGUCACAGGUCGUGCUGGUGUAGAUGAAGAAGUGUUGCAAGCAGGUUCAAGAGGUUUCAUUGGAUGUUUGUCAUCGGUCCAAUUUAAUCACUUGGCUCCACUCAAGGCAGCCAUUCUGAACCGAGGCAGCUCAUUGGUCAGCGUACAUGGAAAUCUGUUUGAGUCUAACUGUGGCACAUUAGCUGAUGAAAUGUCCUCCAAUUCAUUGUCCGAUCACUCUGAAUCAGAAGACAGUGGGAAAGGGCGUCUAAAGAACACUGCUCAGAAUGACUCGGCAGUAAUUGGAGGUCUCAUAGCCGCUGUGGUCCUCAUUGUCCUUUGUAUGGUCGCAGUGGUGACUCGCUUUCUAUACAGGCACAGGCACGAACGGGCUCAGCAGAUGGCCCCUGUCAAGGAGAAGGAUCACCAGACUAGACCAGAGCAGAGCUACCGCUCUGAGUUGGACCUUCGUAGCUCAGUGAGGGACAGCAGGAAGGAGUACUUCAUCUGA